AUGUCAGCCGUCGGUGAUAAGAGACGUAGCGCCUCUGAAGAUCGGGAACAAAGUGAACCCAAAGAUAUUUUCGUGGCCGAUAACAAUGAUGAUGAUGAGGAUAAUACUUGGAUUGGUCCUAUGCCGGAUGAGCAAUCAGCUGCAUCGAAACCGAAGAAACGCAAAACAUUACCAUAUGAAAAAGUGUAUUUGGAAAACCUUCCCAAUGCUGAAAGCUAUGAAAAAAGUUAUAUGCACCGCGAUAUAAUAACACAUGUGGUGAGCACCAAGACGGAAUUCAUAGUGACUGGCAGCUAUGAUGGGCACAUAAAAUUUUGGAAAAAAUUGGAGGAGGGUAUCGAAUUCGUAAAACAUUUUCGAAGUCACUUGAUGCCAAUACAUUCCUUAACAACCAACGCAAGUGGUACACUACUGUGCUCAGCUUCUGCAGACAAAUGCGCAAAAAUAUUCGAUGUGGUAAAUUUCGAUAUGAUAAAUAUAAUUAAGUUGGAUUUCACCCCAUUAUGCACAGAAUGGAUACAUUCUUCGGGUGAUGCCGUUCAUACUUUGGCAGUUUCAGAUAAAGAUAGCAACAAUAUUGUUAUUUAUGAUGGCCAAGGUAAUGGCGACGUGUUGAAAAUUUUGGAAAAGCUGCACUCUGCACCCGUAGUAGCAAUGUGUUACAACUUGCCGUUUGAAACUGUAAUUUCCGUUGACAAAAAUGGUAUACUAGAGUAUUGGCAAAACUCUAAACAUGACUAUAAAUUCCCACAAAAACUUGUAGCGUUCGACUCGAAGCUAGACACAAGUUUAUUCGAGUUUGCAAAAACCAAAGCCUUAGUCACUGGUCUUGCGGUAUCGCCUGAUGGCCGUCGAUUUUCUACCAUAUCAAAUGAUCGAAAAGUAAGAGUGUUUCAGUUUAACACCGGCAAAUUAAUACGUGUAUUUGAUGAAGCAUUGACUACAUAUACACAAAUGCAGCAAACUCCACAUGCAUUACCUAAUAUGGAGUUUGGCAGAAGGAUGGCUGUGGAAAGAGAUUUGGAUAAGUCUGAGUUUAGCACAAACAACAAUAUACUAUUCGAUGUUAGUGGACAUUUUAUAAUGUAUCCCACCAUGUUAGGAAUUAAAGUAAUUAACAUUGACACAAAUAGAUGUGUUUCUAUUUUAGGGAAAACUGAUAACAUACGUCCAUUACAUAUAGCCUUAUUUCAGGGAAAAGCGAAAAAAUCCAAGGCAGCUAUAACUAUGGAACAGGAGGCUAGCGAUAAUCCUACCUUGCAAUCCAUUGCUAAUGAUUCUACGAUGUUUUGUGCUGCUUAUAAAAAAUCACGUUUUUAUCUAUACAGUCGUCGAUUGCCAUCCGAUUUACAAGAUGUCGAUCGUGAUGUAUUUAAUGAAAAGCCAUCGAAAGAAGAUAUAAUUGCAGUGCCAGAAGGACAAGGUACACAACGUGUUUACGAAAACGCUAUUUUGCACACAACAGUGGGCGACAUACAUAUGAAGCUAUUCUUUAAAGAAUGCCCUAAGACAGUUGAGAAUUUUUGUGUUCAUUCCAAAAAUGGCUACUAUAAUGGUCACAUCUUUCAUCGUGUUAUAAAAGGCUUCAUGGUGCAAACCGGCGAUCCUACAGGCACAGGAACUGGUGGCAAAUCAAUAUGGGGGCACGAUUUCAAAGAUGAGUUCGUACCAAGUCUCAAGCACGAUCGUCCUUAUACUGUUAGUAUGGCAAAUGCUGGUCCCAACACCAAUGGCAGUCAAUUCUUCAUUACAGUUUUGCCAACCCCAUGGCUAGACAACAAACAUACGGUGUUUGGCCGGGUGUUUCGUGGUAUGGAAGUUGUACAAAAUAUUUGCAAUGCAAAAGCAAAUCCAAAAACAGAUAAACCUUAUGACGACAUCAAAAUCAUAUCGAUUCGAUUGAGUAAUUAAUAAUUUCGACAUUAGAAUUUUACAUUGAAAUAAGUGCAUUUAUGUAUGGUACUUUAUCACAAUUCUUAUUUAUUAUUUUAAACUAGUUUAACAAUAGAUAUUUAUACGCUGAACCGGUUAUGUUAAGUUUGCCAAGAAGUUUGUAACACCCAGAAGGAACACCCGUCUGCCCGUCGGUCUGUAUAUACGCGAAAUAGUCCCUUAGUUCUUGAGAUAUCGAUCUAUAAUUCUGCACAAUUUCGUUUCUUCACAAAAAGCAUUUCAUUUGUCGCAACCGAUAUCGGAGCAUUUUUUCACGAAAUUUGACAAAGAUUAUUUCCCAAAUCAACGGUGCAAUCUACGAACAAGCUUUUUGGAUCGAAUCACUAUAGCAUAAAAACUGAACGAUCAAAAUAAAGUCGGAAAA